CAACUGAGAGCAUCUCAGUCAUGAAGGGGGUGUUUUGUUUUCUAUUUCUUGUUACAGCUGUAAUGGUUUCAACGGAAGCCGCAAGUCUUCAGUUUGUAGCGGACCCGUUUAUCAUCAAGAAUAAAUUGUCAAAGAAGCUUCAAGUGCGAUGUGCUGUCCUUAAUCCCACUUUGAAGCAGAAGAUUUCUUUGAUUAGAAAUGUUUCUAAUAGCUUAAUCGAAGGGAAAUCGGUCAAUGCUAGCAAAGAAGAUCUGCAGCAUGAUGUGGGUCAUCUCAUGUCCAUCGUCAUCACCAAGUGGAACAAGGAGACUGACCAGAACGAGACUGUGGCCAGCGUUGUUGACUGUCUGCGAGUUCGGGAAGAGCUCGAAUUCCUGGGGAGGGUCGAGGUGGAGGGAAGGAUAAGGAGUUCACGUGUACCAGGUGAGGUUGGUUACCUGAAGUUGAUGUGGGACAGACCGCUUGACCAACACUCCGGCCUGUAUAGCUGUGAAGCUUCGACACUAACAUCGGAGAAACAUACAAUAUUUCUACGCGAUUCGUUACAAAUCGUGGCCAAGGAACCCGCCAUUUCAGAUAUUGUCGACUACUUCACUGAACACGACAAGAACAUAACAUCGCUGGAAGAGGAAAACCAGAAAAUAAAUAAACUGUUGUACAGAGCAAUAUGGGGUUAGCUCAAACACCCGCCAGUCGCUUACGUUACUUUUGAAUGAGCAUGAACAACUGCGGUAUGGAUUUUUCACUGCCUCGUCGUCCACACCUGCAGUAUAUGUGUUCAUGAAUGCUUUAUGAGCAUUGGGGCUUUAGAGCUUGAUGGCUUACUAUUGAUUUAUUUAAAUAAGGCUGGAAUCUGUUUGUAUUUGAUGAAUAAAGAUGUUUAAAAGCUUAGAAUGUUAAUGGUCAUUUUUCAAUAAUAGUAACGGCUAGUUAAAUAUAAACUUUUGUUUUAA